AUGGAGAAGACCGAUCCCGAUAUCGCCGUCACCACCGGCGCCGAGGUCGACGAGACCGCGCCAGAUGAGGUGGUCAGCAAGCUGCGCAACUUGAAGGCGCAUCAUCACUGGGAUCCGAAUAUGCCAGAGGAUGCCGUGGAAGUGUUGGAUGAGGCGCUGCACACCGACGACAAGGAAACCCAAGUCGGCAUCGCCCACGAGCUGUUGGAUAACUCCCCAUACCCUGAAGUGCGGGCUGCGGUCUCCAAUGUCGAUGAGGGAGGCCACAGCAACACCAUCCGUGCUUGGGUUAUUGGAAUGCUCUUCGCGACAAUUGGUUCCGCGCUGAACAUGCUGUUCUCCAUGCGUCAGCCCUAUAUUAUCAUUCCCUCAUACAUCGCCCAGGUCGUCGCCUACCCCGUCGGCAAGGCCUGGGAAAGGUUUAUGCCAAGCAAGAAGUUCCGAUUCUUUGGUCAUGAGUGCAAUCUAAACCCCGGUCCCUUCAGCAAGAAGGAGCACGCGCUAGUGGUCAUCAUGGCGAACGCCACAUUUGGCGGUGGAGCCGCUUAUGCCACCGACGUCUUGCUGGCGCAGCGUGCCUUCUAUAAGCAGAAAUUCGGCUGGGCCUUUGAGAUCUUCAUGUGUAUGUCCACCCAGAUGCUGGGCUUUGGUCUGGCCGGCUUCUUCACCAAGUACCUCGUCAGUCCGGCUGCCAUGAUCUGGCCCUCCACUCUGAUCAACACCGCACUUUUCUCGGCUCUGCACGACCGCACAAAGCCGGACCCGCGCAAGGUCAGUGGCUGGACCAUUGGUCGAUACCGGCUGUUUCUGUACACCAUGAUCGGCUCGUUCUGCUGGUACUGGUUCCCUGGGUACAUUGCCCCCUUCCUGAGCGUGUUCGCCUGGGUGACCUGGAUCAAACCCAACAACGUGAUCGUCAACCAGUUGUUUGGUGGCUGGACCGGCUUGUCACUGAUCCCGAUGACUUUUGACUGGACCCAAAUCUCUGGUUUCAAUUUCAGUCCCUUGAUUGCCCCGUGGUACGCCAUGGCCAAUACCCUGAUCGGCAUGGUGGUCUGGUUCUGGAUUGUUACCCCCGCCAUCCACUACUCGGGCCAGUUCUACUUCAAGUAUCUGCCAAUCAGUGAUUCCGGCAGCUACGAUAACACCGCCAACGCGUACAACGUCUCGAAGAUUUUGACCCCCGACUUCACCUUCGACGCCGAGAAGUACAAGAAUUACUCUCCGCUUUUCCUGUCCACCACUUUCAGCCUUUCUUACGGUCUGUCUUUUGCCGGCAUCAUUGCCGUCAUUUUGCACACUGCUCUUUUCCACGGGCCCGAUCUCUGGGCCCGAUUCCGCUCUGUGAGUGGCAAAGAGGAGGAGGAUGUGCAUAGUCGCCUGAUGUCUCGGUUCAAGCCCGUUCCUCUCUGGUGGUAUGGCGUCGUGACCUUGAUUAUGAUUGCCAUGGCGCUGGGCGUGGUGCUGGGGUACCCUACUCACCUGACCUGGUGGGCAUUCUUCAUUUCCCUGCUCAUUGCGAUUGUGUGGUUUGUGCCGCUUGGCAUUGUCCACGCUUCAACCAACAUUGACAUCGGACUGAACGUCUUGACGGAGUUUAUCGUCGGUUAUAUGCUGCCCGGUCGCCCGAUGGCUAUGAUGCUUUUCAAGACCUAUGGAUACAUGAGCAUGUACCAGGGAGUCUACUUUACUCAGGAUCUGAAGCUGGGUCACUACAUGAAGGUCCCUCCUCGUGUGACAUUCGCCGCGCAGAUGGUCGCUGCUGUCUGGUCCUCACUGGUGCAGAUCGGCGUGAUGAACUGGGCACUGGGUGCCAUCAAGGACGUUUGCACGGCGAAACAAGCCAAUCACUACAGCUGCCCGAACGGCCGUGUCUUCUUCAACGCCUCCGUGAUCUGGGGUGUAAUUGGCCCAGCUCGUAUCUUCUCGGUCGGCCAAAUGUACUCCCCCCUUCUCUUCUUCUGGAUCGCCGGCGCCGUCCUCCCUGUGGCCAUCUACUUUGGUGCACGCGCCUUCCCUCGCAGUCCGAUCCGCUACCUCUCUGCCCCUCUGAUCUUCAGCGGAUCUGGUCUGAUCCCUCCUGCCACCCCGCUGAACUAUCUCAGCUGGGGUAUCGUGGGCUUUAUUUUUAACAAACUCAUCCGUGACCGCUGGCGCGGCUGGUGGAUGCAGUAUAAUUACGUUCUUUCGGCAGGUCUGGAUGUCGGCCUCGCGCUGUGCACUAUCCUGAUCUUUUUGACCCUCAACCUGACCGGCACCGACUUCCCAGCGUGGUGGGGCACCAACAUUGCCGCCAACACCAUGGAUGCGUCGGAUACCGCCAUCCAAGUCGUCCUGGGCGAAGGCGAGACGUUCGGUCCCGCCUCGUGGGCGUAG